CCGUCAGGAAGGGGGAUAGGCAUGUAUUCCUCACGGGCCGCCUCUGGAGUUAAGCGACGACUAGUAAACCAAAACAAACAUGGCAUCUGCUCUGGAGCAUUUCGUUAAUAACGUGACGUCGCUGUCUUCACAAGGAAACUAUGGAGAGGUUGUGAAGUAUGUGAGCAAGAGCACCGAAGUUUUAGCCAAAAAUGUGGCUCAUCUGGAUACUGUCCUUGCAACACUGCAACCACAGAACCACUCUCUGGGGGUAAUGGCAGUGCUCUGUGUUAGGCUGCAGAAUACUACUCAUACUGAUGCAAAUAUUGAUACCCUGCAUGCCACUGUUGCAGAGUUCAUUAGUGUUUGUGCUGAAGAACAGAUCAAGUAUGCACCUGAUAUGAUGGCUGAUCUUUGUGGAAGCUAUGCAGAUCUGUUAGUAGCAGGGAGUUGUGCUAUGCGAGGAGUAGAAGUUCUGAGCACUGCAAUUCGCAAGACUCAAGAAUCUCCCCUUCAUCUCACUUCAAUCCAUGCUCACUUGGUACACCUGUGCCUUGUGUCAAAAUGUUUUAAGCCUGCUAUUAAGUUCAUGGAUAUAGAUAUUAUGGACAUUAGCAAGGAGCGUAAUGGAUAUGAUGUCAAGCACUUUCUUCUUUAUUACUACUAUGGAGGUAUGAUUUAUACAGCGAUAAAGAAUUAUGAUAGAGCGCAGUACUUUUUUCGUGUUUGCAUCACAACUCCUGCCUUGGCUGUGUCUCAUAUCAUGCUAGAAGCUUUCAAGAAAUACAUCCUUGUCUCUCUCAUACUGGAGGGAAAGAUUGGAAGGAUCCCAAAAUAUGCAUCAUUGGUUGUAACGCGUUUUAUUAAGCCAUUAAGUCAAGUGUACUGGGACUUAGGAACUGCAUUUGGUACAAAUUGUCCAGACAAAGUAUGCUCUGUAAUCAACAAAAAUCAAGAGACAUUUGUAAGAGACCAAAAUAUGGGGCUGGUUAAGCAGUGCUUAAGUGCGCUGUAUAAAAAGAACAUUCAGCGUCUCACACGCACAUUCCUGACACUCUCGCUGGCAGAUGUGGCCAAUCGUGUUCAACUCGCAACUCCACAAGAAGCUCAGAAGUAUAUAUUGCAUAUGAUUGAUGAUGGUGAGAUCCAUGCCAGCAUAAAUCAACGAGAUGGGAUGGUUGUGUUUUUGGAUAACCCAGAAAAGUAUAACUCGCCCACCAUGAUGGCCCAUCUCGAUAAAGAGAUGCAAUUGUGUACGGAAGUUGAGCGGCGAUUGCAAACCAUGGAAGAAGAAAUUGUAGUUAAUCCUCAGUAUGUGCAGAAAGUUUUGGGUCCACAAGAUGAUGAAGGACCAACUCCUUCAUCUGCACAAUCCACCUCAUUUUCUAUUGUUUCUUCCAUGUGAUAACCUCAAGUGAUGUGCCUACUUUAUACACAAUAAAUUUUGCAUGUAUUGAUUUGCAAGAGGUUUUUAAGUUAGUAGAGUUAACCUCAUUUCACCAGCUAUUGCAUCUACAUUCUUAUUAUCUUAUAGACCAUUAUGAAUGUUUGAAACUUUUAUUUAUUUGAAUUUGCCUUUGCUGUUCAUAAACAAUUUGUGUUAUGGAAAAGGUUUUGUUUUACAGUAUUAUAUAUAUCAUUUCGUAUUACUUAAUCAAAUUGCAGGAAGAUUUUGUAGAACUGGAGCAUUUCUUGAAAAUACAUAUCCUUUCACUAAUCGCACUUUCUAUAUUGAACCUAGAAAAUAUUACUGUUGUGAAUGCAGUUCUGUUAAUAAAAUAAAUUGCAUUAUAACACUCAUUA